CCGGCUUACAAAGCCAGCUUUGUCUGGCACUUCAAUGGGAGGCAGAUGUUGCUUUUCCUUAUAUCAAAUUAUGUUGGGGAGAACAUUCAUCGACCAUGCCCAACCUCUCCACUCGUCAUUGCCCGCUUCGCUCAAUUCCAAACCGGCACCAUCAAUGCUGAGGAACUGCACGACGAAUUCUUCGAGUGCUGCUCUCCCAAUGACCAAGAACUAUGGUCCAAUCACCGAGUCGUUCGCAAUUAUUCCCAUGAUUGGUGGAAGGAUCGCUUCGACAGGUUGGGGUUCGAGCUCCCGAUGUUGACCAUUCAGGAGGUGGACGGUGAUGCCCUCUUCAAUCAAAUUGUGGCGGUGAGGGCCCAUCUCCGACACCUCGGCGAAGCGAUGGCCUCCUUGCUGGAGCAGAAGACCCAGAUCGCUGCAGCGGCCGCCUCCACCAUAUCCCAACUUGAGGCGCCGAUUGAUGAGGUGGAGCAGGCGCUCAUUAAUUCCCGUAGGCGAUUUCGUGCGGAGCAGUGA